AUGACGACGACCAAGCGCACGUCUCCCGAGGCCGCGACCGUGCUGAGCCUGCCGCACGCCCUCACCUUGAUCGCCCAGUGCCUCCAGUCACAUCUUGCCGCCAGCGCCUUUCUCUUAGCGCUGCCACCUGCCUCGCUGAACGCGCCGCUGGCAGCCACCAAGGAGCUCCUGACGCGACCGGGGCCGCUGGCGUAUACGUGGCCAUCGCUCAAUCUCGACGGCGCCAUCUUGAGCGCAGGCAACGACAUUGCGCUGUACCGGGCGGCCCUGCCCGUGUUCGUCUCGGUGCACGCCACCGAAGUUUGGCAUUUUGGGCGCCUCUUCGCGGCCGACAGCACUCAAGCCUUCAUCGAUUUUGCGACGCAGUGGCCGCUCAAGUUGACGCACGUGACGUCAGAGUGGCGGUACCAAGUCGGCCGCGACGUCUUCUGCGACUUGCUACGGCGCUGCACGCGCCUCCAGUCGACCGAUUUGGUCGACGACGAAGACGACACGGACGUCUUUGCCGCGAUUACGACGCCCAACCACCGUGUCCACACCAUAUGCAUUGGCGAAGCGAGCUCUGCCGCCACCGACUUGGCCUCGCACGUGCUGCCAUGGCUCGGCAGUGGCCACGCUCGCAGCCUUACGAUCGAGUGCACCGUAGUCGAAGACGAGGAGGUUCUCGCGCGCGCGCUCGCGACCACGUCCUCGGUUCGGUCUCUCGGUAUCCACGACCACCAAGAGUUGCUCGACGCCUUCCUCGAACUCGAGUUGCCGCUGCACCAGCUCACGCACGUCGAGCUGCGGACAUAUACGCCAGCGGCCGUGGCUCCGUUCUUGGCCCUUCUCGACCUCACCUCACUCACGUCGCUUGCCAUCAGCAGCGCGGACGACCACGCUGACUUCUUUCCGCUUGGACGCAUGCCCGCACUUCGCCAUUUGGCGUCGACUGGAGGCCACAUCGGAGAUGGCUUUGCCGAGGCGUCGACGUGGCCGGACCUCGAGAGCAUGCACUUCAAAGCGAUCGACUUCACACCGACGGCAUUUGCUACAGUGCUCUCCUACCUCGGCCGCGCGCAAGGCCUCCGCAAAAUGGCGUUUCAACAGUGCAAACUGGCGGACGGGUGGUUUGUCAGUGUAAGUCGGACGCUGGUGCGUUUGAUCAACAACGGUCUUGCCCAUGCGAGCUUCAGCGAAGCGGGUCUGGACGACACGAGCCUCGGCCAUCUUGCGCAAACGCUGCGUGAAGGUCGCAAUACGACGCCCUUGACGCUGGACCUCUCGCACAACUGCAAGGUGACCAUCAAUGGCGUUCGAGUGCUUGGAGAAGCACUCGCACAGUGCACCGAUGUGCGCGUGAUGCUGUAUGUGGCGGACCAUCAACACAUGGACGAACUCCAAGCCUUUGUCGCCACGCAUCGCAUGGCGUGCGGCGUUGACCCGAAUUAUUUCACGUUCUAUAGUCCUACGUCGAUUAUGUAA